GCGCGAUGGAAAGCAACGGGAGCAGCGCCAGGGAGGCCCGGAGCACGUCCGAUGAGGAGGACAGGAGCGAUGGAGCCGAGCAGAAAACUCCGGAGGAAAUCCUCUUUCACGAGGAGACCAUCGAUCUGGGUGGAGACGACUUCGAGUCCGAAGGGAAUGAGACGGUGUCCGAAGACUCUAAUAACUUUAUAGAUAAGCUCAACGAGCAGAUGAUGGAGAGCGUCAUUAUUUCGGAUUCUCCGAACAACAGCGAGGAUGAYACUGGGGAGCUGGGUUGUCUGCAGGAGAUGGUGGAACAAAUGGAAGCCAAAGACAAUCAAAAAACGCAAGUGGAAAUGGGUCAGGAAGAGCUUUUAAGUAAUGAGAGUGAAACUGAGCACGAAGAGACACCCAGGGACGUUUCCGAGAUUGGGACAGACGAUCAGGCAUCUCUAAAGGAAGAGGCGGUUCAGGAGGCAGCGAGGGAGGAUCUGCCCUCGAUGAAGAGCCUUCCUGCCGAAACGGGAGCCCGUGCUGGGGAGCAGGGACGCGAGGAGCAGGCGCCGUUAGCCAGCGCUGGCAGAGCUGCUGCCGAGGCCGAGCCCAUCCCCGUGUGCACCAUUUUCAGCCAAGCAAACGGGGCCCAAGCUCAGCCACAGCUGUUCCUGCAGGAUGGUUUUGAGCCGCAGAUGGUAAAAUCCCCCAGUUUUAGUAGUAUAACCGAGACUCCAGUGAAGUCUAAUCCACAGGUCGUUCAGCCGAGUCCUAGCCUAAGCAAGUUCUUUGGUGAUACUGUGAACACUAAUACUUUAGCUUCUGAUUUUUUUGAUUCGUUUACCACAUCCAGUUUUAUCUCCGUCAGUAAUCCCAAUGCAAGCUCUUCAGUCCCAGAACAAAUGUCCUCCGUUUCUUCCACUGGAGACAGUUCUCAUGCUUCGCCUGACCCUACUUUCUCUAUAGGAAAUGGGAGAACUGAAGUAGGUGGUCCUCCAAGCUCCUUAGAAAUAUCUCCAUCUCCCAAGCCCUUCUCCCAAAUCCAAGCUGUUUUUGCUGGGAGUGAUGACCCAUUUGCUACAGCCUUGAAUAUGAGUGAGCUAGAUAGGAGAAAUGAUGCUUGGCUUCCUAGUGAGGAGACCAGGAAUGUUCUGAUUUCGGUUGCCACACAGCAGUACAGCACUGUGUUCAUAGACAAAGAGAAUCUCACCAUGCCCGGCUUGAAAUUUGAUAAUAUCCAGGGAGAUGCAGUGAAAGAUUUAAUGCUUCGCUUCUUGGGGGAACAAGCUGCAGUGAAAAGACAAGUGUUAAAUGCCAACUCCGUAGAGCAGUCGUUUGUAGGCUUGAAACAGCUAAUUAGCAGUAAAAACUGGAGGGCAGCAGUAGACCUGUGUGGGCGACUUCUAACUGCCCAUGGUCAAGGAUAUGGAAAAAGUGGACUGCCUACGAACCACACAACAGAUUCCUUGCAGCUGUGGUUUGUGAGACUGGCAUUAUUGGUAAAACUGAAUCUCUUCCAAAAUGCAGAGAUGGAAUUUGAGCCAUUUGGAAAUUUAGACCAGCCUGAUCUUUAUUAUGAGUAUCACCCUCAAGUGUACCCUGGACGAAAAGGUUCCAUGGUUCCUUUCUCCAUGCGUAUUUUACAUGCUGAACUUCCUCAGUACCUCGGGAAUCCUCAGGAAUCACUUGAUAGACUGCACAGCAUGAAGAUAAUCUGCGCCAAGAUACUAGAAAAUUUGGAACAAGGCUUAGCUGAAGAUGGAAGUAUGACCACCAUUGCACAGGAGAACAGGCAAGCCUCUGCUCAGCUGUGGAGGGCACGUCUGGGCCGGGUGAUGUACUCCAUGGCAAACUGUCUGCUCCUGAUGAAGGACUAUGUGCUUGCUGUAGAAGCUUAUCACUCCGUCAUCAAAUACUAUCCUCAGCAAGAGCCUCAGCUGCUGAGUGGCAUUGGAAGGAUAUUCCUUCAGAUUGGAGACAUAAAAACUGCUGAAAAAUAUUUUCAAGAUGUGGAGAAAGUGAUGCACAAAUUGGAUGGACUGCAAAGCCAAAUAAUGGUUUUAAUGAACAGAGCAUUUCUGCACCUUGGCCAGAAUAAUUUUGCGGAAGCUCAUCGGUUCUUCACAGAAAUUUUAAGGAUUGACUCAUCAAAUGCUGUGGCUAACAACAACGCUGCUGUUUGCCUUCUUUAUCUGGGAAAACUGAAGGAUUCGCUCCGGCAGCUGGAAGGAAUGGUCCAGCAGGACCCCCAGCACUACCUGCACGAGAGCGUGCUCUUCAACUUGACCACCAUGUAUGAGCUGGAGUCGUCGCGCAGCAUGCAGAAGAAGCAGGCCCUCCUGGAGGCCGUGGCCCUCAAAGAGGGCGACAGCUUUAACACGCAGUGUCUCAAGCUGGGAUAGAUCAUUUCCAACUAUUGUUUUCCAGCGAAGUUCAUUUUUAAAUCUGUAUAUACUCUUGCCAGUGUGUAAAUGUGAAAUAAAAUCUCUUCAAUUCUGAAUAUUUGGUUCUGUUACUACAGAAGCUCUGUUGUCUCUAGCAGUCCUGAGCACCAAUGUGUAGAUUUUGUGCUGACCUAUAGCCAGCUUCAUCCCUGCAAGUCUAUGUCUGUCUGUUGGUUAUGCCUCUUUACAGGAUACACAAACAGGCAAUUACUSUCAUUCGUUUUAAAUUGCAUUUGACCGACUUUGUCUUGAUGAUUGCUAUAAUCUUUCAGUAAUUCGUGAGUAAAAGCUACAAGCUAAUUUCAUCAGAUAGCUAGAAGUUAUUGAUGGGCUAUCAGUGUGUGUGUUACAGGAAUGAAGCUCUGAGUGCCCAUGUCUUCAGCUGCUGUGACUGUGCGCUCAUUUACCCACAUCAAAAUAUUUAGUACCUUUGUGUAUUCAGCUAUUGAAGGGAGCAAGUGGCAAGAAUUAAUCGAGUAUUUAACAUCUUAUGCUCUCAAGUGAAGCCAGCCCCCAUGCUGUGAGGCCUCUGUCAUCUGCCUGAAACCRAGGGGAAUCCCAGCACUUUUUUGGUGCUGUGAUGCCACUAAAUCUUUCGGAUUAAAACAUUUGGGCUGUGUAAGGCAGAGGAUAACAGUGGAGGGUUUAUCUGUAUUCCUGUACUAAUCCUUCCUUUCUUCAUUACUAUUUUCCUCUCUCCCACCCUCUAGCCAGUCUGAUGUCACCGGACCGAGGAUUAUUUCCCACCUUGGUGGCAGACCCCUCGCUUUCAUACACAGACAUGUGUAUUUUAGUUCCUAAAUCACCUUCCUCACGCCUGUGGCAGCGUCCCUGCUGGUGCAGACGGAUGUUCCUGCUCCUUGUGGCACGUUGCUCGCUAGAGAAGGGAGCCAGGGAGAAAGCUGAACAUGUCCAGGAUUGAGGGUGCCUAAAAACUGCUGGUGGCUCUGAAAGUCUUAAGCCUAGAGCUUCUCCUACGCAGAGACAGAAUUUGAUCCAUUCCUACAGAAUACAGGAUAUAUUCUAUAUUCGUUCUGUAUGUUAUACUUGUAUACUGAAACAGUGGAUUGGUAUGUACCCAUCAACUGAAAAAAGAAGUAUUUCUGUGGCUUGGCGUCCAGAUGCCGUAGCUGAAUCUGAGUUAAACUUGUGCAAGAAAAGCAACCAUACGAGCAGGCUUGUCCUCAGGUACCACUGCUGAUCGGUGACAAAUGAAAGAUUCAGCACCACCUGCUUCAAGUGGCUUCAACAGCUCAUGCAUAUCUUUAAUGAGUAUUUAAGUACCGUGAAAUAAAAGUAGUUCCUUUUAGUAAUUUGUUUUACCAUUUAUGAGCUUUUAUAGUUCUUUUAAUAUUGCUGUAAUUUGAGAUUAGGUGUAACAGUCAUUGGACAAAUUCUUGGGUUCCUUUAGUUGUCAUAACUCAUUUGAAAUCAGUGUAUUUUUUUAGAUUUGAUCCAGUAUGACCAGUUUAGCAUUAUACUUUCUCCAAAACAGCUCACCUUUCUUGUGCUUGGGAUUUCUUARGGAUAGGGAGAAGCCCUGCUAUGUAACCACUGCCACGGUGUGGAAAAGCUUGAGAACAUUUUACAGUGAUGUGUAAAUUAAUACAACAAAAAAGAGACUCCUGCGCAGUUUCCUUAAGGUCGGAUGUUGUGUUACGUUGUUACCUGAUUAUUCACCUCUACAACUACAGGCUACACCUUUAGGAAGGCUGAUUUGUCUUUUUUUAAUCCUAAAUAACAAUCGUGUGAUUUGCUGUCAUCCAGCAUGCUGAAAGCUCUAUGCAAUCCAAAAGGAAAAUGCCUCGUAUAUUCUGCCUUAUACUCGCUUAAUGUGUAAAUGACAGCCUCUGAUCUGGUCAAAAAAGAGGA